GGCCCUUUAAGCCUCUCGAAGUGGGGGGUGGAAUAGCACACCCCCAGGAGGAAGAGGAGGAGGAGGAGGAGGUUUUCACUCAUUACAAGAUUAUUUUUGAAACUGUUGAUGCUCACGGGCAUGUUACUAGUAAUGUGGAAACACAUAUUUGCAAACAAAUGAAUGAAAAUGUGCUGAAGGGGGAUUUUUUUUUUUUUUGCUACAUGAAAGAUUAAUGACAAUCGAUCAAGAAUUAAAGAGAUCAUUUAAUCUUAGUAAAACUAAUAAAACUAAAUAUUUUGAGCACUGUAAAAGCUAUUUAUAAUAGUCAGCUGCAGGACAAUAAUUAUUUAUUAUGAUCACAUUUAAGCCUGUUUUAUUAAAUGUGGCCUCAUACUAAUAUAUAAUAAUAAGGCCCACAAAUAGUUUCAAAUGAGCGUCAAAAACUAACAGUUGUGGUUUUGUGCAUGAUAAAGUGACGUACAUGACCAAAACAGACUUGAUGUAAUGAAAUGACAUAUGCAGCUGCAGUAAACUGUGUUAAAAUGACUUUGCUGAGCACUUUGGGGAUGUGGAAAACAGAAAACAGACCGUGCGUAAAUGCAAAGUGUGCAUGGACAAAUGUAACCAAUAGGCGGUACUGUGCCAUUCUUCAUGAAACCCGCUCCAUCUCCAGCCCUGAGGACAACCGCGUUAUCUCUGCUUCGCUUUCCCCGAACUGACCUAAAUACAGCAUCUCUGCGGUCCCUCCAGGCAGGCGAUCCGCCGCUCAGACUACAAGAAGAGCGGCUCCGGACGAGACGCGGUCUGCGAGUGAACCCCGUCCCUUCCUGCCUCCGGUUCCAAAGCCGGACGCGGCUUUAGUGUCUGGAUUACAGCAACUCGAGCGCCGGCAUGGAGAACACAUUCCUGUCAGAUUGUCUGGAAUAAAUUCACACUUUUAAACCUUGGAUUUUGUGAAAGGAGGCGCACACAAACCCUCAGUAUGCUCGACGACAAAGCGCCGAGGUCGAAGCUCGGUCCGUCACCGAGGGCUUCGUCCUUUUACAUCGAGAAUUUACUGGGAAGUCCGGACAGGGGGGCUUCAGCCGGGGAGCGGGACGGGACCCCGGGCUUCGGAGUGUGUCCACGGCGUCUGGGACACACGGACGAGCUGAAGACGCCACAGAGCGCACCGAGCGCGACCAAAACAAGUCCUCGCUAUAAAAGCACCGUCUGGGAUGAGCACGGGGAGCAGGACGCGCCGAGCAGAGCCUCUCCGGCCUUACCGGGGCAGGACAGCACCGGGGACGGGCAGACAGACGACGAAGAAGCACAUUCCGCCUGUUUCUCCCGAGAGGACGGUGGCGACACAGGUGACGUCAAACUGGCGCGAAAGAAGAAGACCCGGACAGUGUUCAGCCGGAGCCAGGUGUUCCAGCUGGAGUCCACCUUUGACGUUAAACGGUACCUGAGCAGCUCGGAGCGCGCGGGGCUGGCGGCUUCCCUGCGCCUCACCGAGACCCAGGUCAAGAUCUGGUUCCAGAACCGCAGGAACAAGUGGAAGCGGCAGGUGGCGGCCGACCUGGAGGCCAGCACCGCCGUGCCCUUCGCCCCCCAGAGGGUGGUCAGAGUUCCCGUGUUGUAUCGUGAGAACACUGCGCCGGUGACGCUGCCCAGCCUGGCCCGGGUGUCGCCGCCGGUGCUCGGGUUCUCCAGCCCGGUCAACUACACACUGACGGGUCACUUCGGCCACCCGGUGCCGUUCAUCCCGCCACAGAUGACCGGACUGGUGUGAGACGACGCGGACACUUUGGACUCGAAUGAAUCCGAGUUUUAGCAGAUAUUUUCUGUUUGUGCACCAGAUUGAAUAACUUUUCUAAACUGCACUCAGUCCUUCCAUUGGUAUUUGAUCAGACUUAUGGAUGAUUCUAUGCACUGUCCGGUCAACACAUGACCUGAGCAUUUAUUAAAAAGACUUUGUGAGGUUUGUGUGUCUUCAUGUGAGCAUGGGUUAGUUGUAGCUGCAUACUUUGACUUUUUAUUUAAAAGAAUUUAAUACACACUUUUGUACACUGAUAUGUCCACAUGUGAAUAAAAUACAUAUACAAAAGUUAGUGUUGUGUUGUUUC